UUUCUCUACAGAUGAAGAUAAUGAUACAGAAGUGGAGGCAAUUGAGGUGGACAUGGAAUUGAACAUUGUCACAGAAUGCUGGGUUGAACCUCAAAGCGGCUAUGUGGCUGGUGUUCAGGAGAGUUGGCAAUACCUACAUGGCUUAUCCUACCAGAAAAUCCCCAAAGCGAUCCAUCCUCGAGAUCUGUCCUGCAUCCAUACUGUGCUUGCUUUUGAGUAUAUCAGUCAACUUUGCCAAAAUAAGGACUGGGUUUUCCCAGCAUGCGAUUCAAGGCCCAUUGCGGUUGAAGGUCGUGAUGCUCGAAGUGGCUCCCGUGUACAUGAGAUUCCUUUCCAGUUUGACCUCAUGAAACUUCUACCAAAAUGCCAGCAAAUUGAGAUGGGUCUUUUGAUGCUGACAAGAGAAAACGAUGGAAUAAUAAAGGAUUCUUCCUUCUUGCCCAAUGAAAUGCUUCUUGGCCUUUUUCAUGGCUGUCUCCAGCAUGACCUCAGUGACAGGGAAAUCACACUAUUGGACACAGAUCAUGUAACUUUCAUGGAGCAGGUGCUUCAGCGAGACAGAGAUGGCCACCCACCCCCUUUUAAGCUCUCUAUGGUCCAAGAACUCCCAAAGGCUUCCAUUCCUUCUGAAUGCCAGAAUCUGAAAAAUACCUACCACCCUUUUGGUAACAAAGAUACAGCUACCUCUGCAAGUUCAUAUCAGAUGUACAGAGAUUAAUGGCUUCUGGGCCAGACCAAACCUCAAAAGAGACAGGCCUUACAUUGGCCCAAGAAGCACGAGAGUUGAAGCCUAUGGCCUUGCUUCCAGCUGUCAGCAUAACACCGGCUGAUGAAACUGACCAAACUAUAGGAGAUCUAGAUGUUGGAUGCAAAAAAGAAGGACGCAUCUCCUUCGGCCGCCAAGCAUCUCAGCCUGACCUGAGUGAGAACUGCCGAGUUCGCUGUCCUGUCUUUGUCUACAGUUGCUCCUUGGAGGUGCUACGGGAGCAGAUGAUAAAUUCUAGGACAGAGAAAUCUAUACAGGAUAUCUUUUUCAGAAGCCAGUCUGUGGAGCGCCCCACUAGUGCUCCUUGGCUAGAUUCCAAGCACAAGGAAGUGGUGAGUUACUGCACUUUGCUACAGGAACAUUCUCACCAGUGCUAUGUGAAAGGACUAUUUCGGAGUCUUCAGCAAGGUCACAACAUUAGCUCUCCUGAUCUGCUAAUAGCCAUGGAUUAUUGUGAGGAACUUCUGCAGGAGAUCGAUAUCACUCACUUCCUGCUGACAUUAUGUAAUCAUGUGCGCUCCUUCUGUGAGCGCCACCAGCAGCAACUGUUUGUCAGCCUAGAAAGAAAUCAAGCAUCCAAACCACGUGGUAUACUAACUUCGGUUUCCAGUGCUGAAACAGAGGAUUUCAGUGAAGCAGAUUCCCACGGCUCUGCCUGUCCUUCCCAAGAGCCCCACCAGAGCUGUGACUCAGAAUUCCCUCUCUCGCUACUAGACAGCAAGCAACCUUGCCAAGUGCAACCUGAUUUACAAGGGAUCAUCCAGGAGAAAUUCUUGGAAAUUAGCAGCUUAUAUUUUAAGCCAGUGCCAUCCAACCCCCAUUACUAUUUCUAUUGCCCGCCUUCCACCAAAAAAGAGGAGGAGGUUUCACGGGACCACCAAGACCGAAAAGGCAGUGAAGAGGUGGAGAGUUCAGAAAAUGAUCUGGCAACUGAUGAAGGGAACACAUCCAGCUAUGUCAUUGGCACUGAGAGUGACCCAGAACUGGAGGUAGAAUAUCGAGAGCGCUUGGACCAAGAAUUUUUAGAAGCCGGCUCCUUGUCAGACUCCAACACUGUUAACCAGGAUGAUGACUCCUUCAGUGUCCUGGGAGACUCCCUGGCAGAACAGGAACUGCUGGAGCAAGACAUGCCUCCCCUCUUUAUGCACUUGACCUGUUCCGUAAAGCUACGCAGCCAGCACUGUUCCAUGCCUGUUCGCUCGCUGCCCACCUGCCUAGGAGAUGUGCUGGGCGGCCUUGAAAGCUCUAAGGCACUUCACACAAUUGACCUUUCUGACCUUUGUGUGACCCUGGAUAUUUUUGUCCUGACUGUCCCUCUGGAGAUCGAAAUGGUGAACGAUUUACAUCACAAUAGAUACACCUCUGAGAGCAGCGUCUCCUUCACCCGUUCCCCAGGACAGCCCUCUUCUUUCCGUUCAGAUGAUGAGCUUAUGCACACCUUGGACAGAAUGCCAUCAUCCUCCACUGAUUGGCAUCCAGCGCUCUCCAACCUUCCUGCAGUGCACAGGCAAGCUGUUGAAGCCACAAUGACAGAAAUCCGUUGGCUCCUGGAUGACGAGAUUGUGUCAGCAUUGCGUUACUCACAGCCUGUGACUGCUAGCAUUUUGAGUCAAGCUGCUUCUCACAUCUACAAUUCCCAGGGCCGCCCAAGCUGCCAUUGUGAGGUGGUCCCUCUGCAAUUUGUAUUUGGACCUGAGAAUUCUCUGGAAAGGUUUCGUGAGGAGUUCCAGAAAAUGCCCUUGCCUGGUUAUGUCCUCAAUCCUGAGGGGACUGAUUUCUACUAUGCAUCCGUCAGUCGCCUACAUGCCUCAGUAAGUGGACCCAGCCCUUCUGUUACACUUGAGAGCACUAUGACAGGAGGCAGGUGUGACAGCAGCUCCCUACCCUGUUCUACUCCCCCUGAUGAAGCUCAAAGUCUCUGGGCAUGGUCAACAAAUGAAAACAAGACUGGAGAAUGUCUGGGCAUAAGUAACCAAGUACCUGUUGAGGUGUCAGACCAAUUAACAUCGGUGGAUCAGCAGACCAGUAUUUUGGAACAGGGUUGUCCAGGUGAGGAAACUACUUUGAUGCCGGUGCAACCUCAGGCUUCCUUUUCAGACAAGUGGAGCAUUGAGCAAUCUCUGUUAGCUACACCAUCUGUACCAAAUCUAACAGAAUCUGUGAUCCCCAGCAAGGAAGGUUGUUAUAGGAAGCAACAGCUUAGUCAAGUGCAAAGUUUGGUGUCAAGCCAGGGAAGCAUGGAUUCUGAUCUUCUUGGAUAUGAUGGAGGUAGCAGUGAUUCUGACGGCGAGGAGGCAGUGAUGAGUGACCUAGAAUCCAGGUGCCCUCUGAUACCCGACUUCUGGCUAAUCAUCAAGAUCCACCAGGAUCGGGUUGAAGUUUAUUCCCAUACGCGCAGCUACAAUGCAGUAAAAGCAACACAGGAUGAAGAAGGGGAAUGCAUACAACUUCACCGGACAAUGAUAAAGAAGGUUGGAGAGAUUUGCCGUGUUGUUAAUCAGCGGUUGCUGCUACAAGAUCUGCAUGAUAGCCACAUUUGUAAUUCUCUGUUGGUCGCUGAGAGUGAGGAGGAUAUCUGGAAAAGUGAAACACCUUAUAUCUAUCGGCAGCGCACUGGGCAUGAUGAUUAUCCUGGAGAGGAAAGCUACCAGCCCCGUGACUAUCUUGCAGCCACUAUGCAGUUCAUACCUGGACAUUUUGCCUGUGAUGCAGUCUGGAGUACCACCAUCCAUGUGCAUUCAAGGCUCAAGAUGGGUCCCAAUAUGGGUGUGGCACGUGCCAUCCAAGCCCUGCGCUCUGUACUCAAUGCCUUCUCAGUUGUGAAUAGGAAAAAUAUGUUUGUUUACCAGGAACGUGCAACCAAGUCUGUUUUUUAUUUACGGCUCUCCGAAACAACUUCUGGUGGGAAGGCUGGGGAAAAUGAAAUCCAGAGUCUUGUGUGCCGUUCACUGGCACUUUCACGCAGCCAGGAGCCCAUUUACACUGAAGACUUGAGUGGCUCUCACUCAUCCUUGGGAACAGCCUCUUGCCGCAGUGUGGAUUCAGCUCGUCCUGUGAGCCAAAUUGAUAGACACAUCCAACUAGUGGUUCAUGGAGUGGCACCAGCAGGACCUGAGAUCACAGACGAGCUGGUAAAGGUUCUGCGGAGACGUCUAGAUGAAGCCACCCUGGAUAUCAUUACGGUUAUGCUUGUACGGAACUGCAAACUCACUCCAGCUGAUGUGGAGUUCAUACAACCUCCUGGCAGCCUGCCCACUGAAGUACUGCAAUUUACACUUCCUACUUCAUGCCUGCCUUGGCUUCCAGCUGUAGCUUGCUACCUGCGACAGAAUCUGCUGAUCUUUCUGCACACACCCAAAUACACAGAUAGCAAUGUGGAAAACCACUUCAAGCACUGCCUAAACCAGAAUAGCAGCAGCAGCAGCAGCAGUCCUGAAUUGGAUCUCUAUUUAUAUAAUAAGCCAGGAGGUCAAGGCACUGGUGGCAAAGGUGUCGCAUGCAUUGCCCUGUCCUUUGUGGAUGACUGCGGAAAUCCCAUUUCACUGGCUCGCUGGGUGAGGCCCUCCACUGUCCUGCUGAGCACUUCAUUUCUUCCAGAGGCGGACUUUGAGAGCUUGACUACAGCCAACAAGCAUGAGUGUGAACCUGGAAAGUCAUUGUCAGCUCUCUCUCCUCUAGUACGCUUUGACAUCUGGGAGAAGGGAAACAUCAGCUUGUUGCAACUGUCUGAAAGACUGCGCCAUGCCCUGCGCCAUGCCCUCUGUGAUGCCAUCAUGGAAUUUCAUGUGCUUCCCAAUCCGCUGUGUGUUGAGACAUCCACUGAGCUGGAGGAUCCAGAUAAUGUUGGAGGCCUGCGCCGGACAAUGUCUGAAUCAAAAGGAGUGACUUACAAUGCCAGAGGCAGAGCAUGCCCUCCACCUCUGCCCUUCUCAGUGCCCACCACAAGUUUGGGUGAACCUGUCACACCUACAAGCAAGAUAGGACGACGGAGCUUCUGGGAUAAGCUGAGCAAACCAGAGAUGGCAGACCAAGGAAGCCCAAAGACUACAGAUGACAUUGUGUUGGAGCGACCUGAAGAGAAUCGCAGUCGCCGUCGCCAUAAGACUGAAAGUGUGAAGCAGCACUCAAGCCAGGAACGUGCUGCUUCCGAGCAGGAGCAGAGCCAAAGACGUCGUACUUUCCAGCUAGAGGAAGGAGAUGUUGGAAUUUUGCACCCAGUUUUCAGUCAGACUUGCCAGUCCUGGAUGGCUUUCAUGAACCAUUUGGGGUGUCCAUCGGUGCAACAGUGUGUCCUGGAAAGUGUCUCCCGCUUCCUGCUGCCUUCUAUCAUGCUGCAAGUUGUGAAUCUCGUCACUACUUUAGCAAGUGACACCACUGUCAAAGUGUUUGAAAAAGUCAGUGGUCCUCAAGGCAUGUCCUUUGCGCCAUAUUCUCUGACCCCAGGCACCAGUGCCCGGCCGGCUGUUAUUCGGCAAUUUACUCUGCUCGGACGGAGCUUCCACCAGUGGCGCUGCAGCACAGUACAAGCUGUCAAAGGAUUCCAGCGUUUCGAGAGUACUGAGCUUAGCUCUGUAGAUAAGGCUUGUGAUGUUGCUCCCCGACAAAGAUUCCUCUUCAUGGAAAUCAUGGACAAAAAGUUGGUGCUGUACACUUACAAUUGGUCUGUGGACCUGGGCAGUGCCCUGAACAACUCCCUCACUCGCUUACUACAGUGGCAAAAUGCCCGAGCCCAUGUAGUACACUGCCUGCUUAGCCAGAAGCUUGGGUUGUUCCAUCAUUACUGUUAUAUGGACACCCCCUGGCAUGAGGACAGCAAGCAGGAGCAAAAUCCCUUCCUAAACUCUACCCUGGAAAUUGAUGCCCUGAUCCGGAGCCCUAGUGUUCCUCCAAGCAAGGAGCAAGGACGCCUCAGCAAUUCUGCGCGCAUCUUGCAGCCUUUGCACUUUCCUCCAGACAUGGUGCCCUUUGACGAAGCUCUCCGAGAUGUUUCAGUCAUCCAGCCUAUUGUUCAUAACCCAGAACAGGGUGUUCAUGACCCCGUAGCCCAGCAUGGAGCUCAGUUCCUAGAGAUCAAGAACACAGAGAGGAAAGAGAUGGAGAAACAGAUGAAGAUUGAGAACCUUUUUGUGACAUGGCAACAGCGUUCUGCUCAAUCCAACAUGCCCAUCAGUCUUCCAGACUUAGACACCCUGAAGCAGUCCUCACGCUUGGUCCAUUACUGUGCAACACCCCUGCUCUUUGAUCCAGGCUUCCGGCAGCAGAUUCAGGCGGAUCAACAAAGCAAGCUGGAAGGCAAGAAGCGCCAUCGCUCCAAUGACUCCACAGCAUCUGGUAGGGACCGUAGCCACAGUUGUGACUCUGCAGAAGGGCUACCAUGUCGAUCCAAGGAUGAGACCUGGCUGCUGGAACUAUGCCAUGCCUUUCUCCAGCAAUACAUACAGUAUCUGCAAAGCAUGGGCUUCAUCUUAGUACAGGUGCGCCCAGCCUCACCUGCUCGCAGCAGCACCAGCCGGAUUAGAGCUCUAGCAUCAAUGGCUGGUGAGACACGGGGCUCCUUCUCAUACUCCAGGCCAAAAGUGGAUGGGAGUCCAAAGACCACAAACCCUCCUGUCACAGCAUACCAUUUGCAAAGGGCUUUGCCUGGGGGCAUUGUACUAAUGGAAUUGGCUUUCCAGGGAUGCUAUUUUUGUGUCAAACAAUAUGCACUGGAAUGCUCCCGAAUCCCCAUGGGCCAGACUGUCAACUCACAGCUUUCCAUGCUCUUCACAGAGGAGUGCGACAAAGUACGUGAUCUUAUGCAUGUGCAUUCAUUCAGUUAUGAUUUUCACCUGCGUAUUGUACAUCAGUAUCUACUUGGAUCUCACAUGGCAUUACGGCAAGGUUAUCACCUCACAAGCUUCCUGGAAGACUUCAUUACCCAACAUCCUGACAUCCCCAAGUUUGGACGCAACCACAUAUUUCAGGGUACACUAGCAUUACCUACCAACACCAUCACAGCACAUCAGCUCUAUAAUUAUAUAACUGAUCAUGCCAGCACCUACCAUAUGAAACCCCUGCGCAUGGUCCGGCCAGGAACUAGCAAUGAGAGCAAGAAAGGAACUCCUAGCUCUGAGCAAAAUGAAUAUGCACUGGUCUCCAUUUGGAAUAGUUCUGGUUCCUACAAAGAUUCAGAGGGAUUGCAUCAUCAUGAUGAUUUUGAUGUGUCCCUGCUUGUGUGCCACAGUGCUGUGCCCUUUGAAGACCAGAGCGAGGCAGACCGACACAUGUUACGGUUGCAAUAUUAUGUAAUCAUGACAAGCCAACGGGAGCUCUUCCCUCGACUAACAGCAGACAUGCGGCGCUUCAAAAAACUCCCACGCCUACAACGAGAGGCACUAGAACCUAUCCUAGGACGCUCGGCAUGGGAGACAACAGAGGGUAGCCGGCAGCGGAAGGAAGUUCCAGAUCCUUGGGAGGAGAUAGAAGAUCAUGGCGAGUUCUAUGCAGGUGGCCCCCAAGUCAAGGUGGGCCCAGGACUCUUCUACACCUCCCCACUAUUUCCAUUACUUGCCUCUGAGGUUGCUGCUGCCCAGAAACAGCUCAGCACAACGGUACAAUGUGCCAAGGGCCACUGUCGCCGGGACAACCUCUGGAAGAGGCUCUUCUUGCUGGAGCCUUUGGCUUCCGACAAGCUUAAGCUGGGCAAGCUGUCUCUAAGUGAGCUGGAGGAGCUGUUGGAUGCUGUGCAUAAGAAGUCCAUUGCUGACAUUGAUCCCCAGUUGAGCUGCUUCCUCACUAUGACUGUCUCCUGGUACCAGAGUCUUAUCAAAGUCCUACUCAGUCGUUUCCCACAGAGUUGUCGCCAUUUCCAGAAUGCUGAUACUGGUACCCAGUACCUGGUUGUUCUGAAUCAGAAAUUCACGGACUGUUUUGUGCUUGUAUUCCUUGAUUCGCAUUCAGGAAAAACAAGCCUGGCAGUGGUCUUUCGAGAGCUGUUCCCAGUUCAACCCCAGGACAGUGAAAGCCCUCUGCCGCAACUUGUGUCCACAUACCACCACCUGGAAUCUGUUAUCAACACAGCUUGCUUCAACCUCUGGACAGGGCUGCUCUAGAAACAGUUGGACCUUCUAACUGAUCCAUAGGCAUCUACAAGAAGUCUAGAAUGGAGGUGCCCUGACAUGACUGCGAUCUGCGGCUGUAUCUUGCUGGAUAAGAAGUCAGAACACUGAAUCUGACUGGGCCAAGAAGGGGAAUCAUGAAGAGAAAGCAACAUGGCUGGCCCACUUAAAGGGGCGGGGUAUGCUUAUCCAGAGAAAUUGCUCUAGGAGGCAUCUGAAGGAUGGGCCAUGUUUCUGGGGGCUCUUUGAGUUGAAAGGCCAAAAGACUACUGGAGUCCGACCUGGCCAGUCGGCUAGAGUGACACUAUUAAAGCAUUUGGGAAGGGUUCUGCACAAUGGUGGGAAUGUUUUAUAUUAAGUGAGUGUACAGUAAAUUAAAUAAAUGGAUUACAUGAAUUUAUUUAUUAAAUAAAUUAAAUGGCUUACUAAGGACUUUGUUACA